AUGGACAGUCCUGGCUGGGACAGUGAAGUCCACACAGAAACUGAUGUAGUCCGUGACGCAUUCUGUGAGCCCGUCGAAAACAGCCCUGCAGUGUCUCACAUUAAAGAGGACCAGGAGGACCCAGAACCCCCACACAUUAAAGAGGACCAGGAGGACCCAGAGCCUCCACACAUUAAAGAGGACCAGGAGGACCCAGAGCCUCCACACAUUAAAGAGGAACAGGAGUUCACAUUCUCUCCUGUCCCUGUGAAGAGUGAAGAUGAUGAAGAGAAACCUCAGUCCUCACAGCUUCAUCAAAGACACACUGAACAGAUGGAAACUAGAGCUGAUGGAGAGGACUGUGGAGGACCAGAACCAGCCAAGAACUCAGAUCCAGAUACACAUUUACAACCUGAGACUGAUGACAGUGAUGAUUGGAUAGAGACCAGAGAACCUCAGUCAGGUUUAAACUCUCUUAAAAAUGAUGAAGACCCUGUUAGUGACUUGGAAUAUAGUGCUGAUGAGAAACCAUUUAGCUGCUCUGAGUGUGGGAAAAAAUAUAGUCACAGUUCAACACUAACGAUUCACAUGAGAUCCCAUACAGAAGAAAAACAAUUUAGCUGCUCUGUGUGUGGGAAAAGAUUUUGUAGAAGUGGAGUUCUGAGGACACACAUGAGAACUCACACAGGAGAAAAACCAUAUAUUUGCUCUGAGUGUGGGAAAAGAUUUCCUCAAAAAAAUCAUCUGAAGACACACAUGACAACUCACACAGGAGAAAAAAGAUUUAGCUGCUCUGAGUGUGGGAAAAGAUUUCUUCGAAGUGGAGAUGUGAGAAGACACAUGAGAUUUCAUACAGGAGAAAAACCAUUUAGCUGCUCUGAGUGUGGGAAAAGAUUUCUUCGAAGUGGAGAUGUGAGAAGACACAUGAGAUUUCAUACAGGAGAAAAACCAUUUAGUUGCUCUGAGUGCGGGAAAAGAUUUUCUCUGUCAGGUGCUCUGAAGACACACAUGAGAACUCAUACAGGAGAAAAACCAUACAUCUGCUCUGAGUGUGGGAAAAGAUAUUCUCGCUCAUCUACUCUGAAGGUACACAUGAGAUCUCAUACAGGGGUUUGGAAAGAUAUUCCCGCGCAAAGAAAACUUAGUCAAGUGACAGUCCACACAGGAGAGAAACCUCUCCGCUGCCAUGUUUGUAACCAGAGAUUCACUUGGCCUCACCAACUCAGAAACCAUCAGUGUGUUGGUUGUCAGUCCUCACAGCCUCGUCAAAGUCAAAAUGAGGAGAACAGAAAGGCAGAGCCUCCAGCCAGCAGCUCAGCUGAACAGAUGGAAACAGAGGCUGAUGGAGAGGACUGUGGAGGACCAGAACCAGCCAGGAACUCAGAUCCAGAUACACAUUUACAACCUGAGAUCGGUCACAAGACUGGAGAGUCUUCUGAGUCUUUUUGGGACCAUCCUCUGUAAGCCCUAGAGAUGGUUGUGCUGAAAAUCCCAGUAAAUAGACAGACCUUGGUUGGAACCAGUGGUUACUUGACUUCCUGUUGCCUUUCUAUCAUCUUGAACCAGUCUGGCCAUUCUCCUCUGACCUCUGGCAUCAACAAGGCAUUUUGGCUCACUGGAUAUUUUCUCUUUUUGGGACCAUCCUCUGUAAACCCUAGAGAUGGUUGUGCUGAAAAUCCCAGUAAAUACUCAGACCAGUCCGUCUGGCACCAACAACCAUGCCACGUUCAAAGUCUCUUAAAUCACCUUUCUUCAUCAUUCUGAUGCUCUGUUUGAACUUCAGCAGCUCGUCUUCACCAUGUCUACCUAAUAAAGUGGCCAGUGAAUGUAUAACUGUUGAUCCAUCAUACAGCAGUAAUGUGACAGUUGAAAAAGGAACCAGAUACCUCUCUUUUUCCAAUUCCACCUUAGGCUUAAGGAGUUAACCUUAAAUUUACACACAUAAUGACUUCUUACAUGAAAGGUUUAAUUUGAAUUUGAAUAUUUGCACUUUCUAUAUCUCAGACAUUGAAACAUCUUUUCUACUCUUGUAAUUGACUUUUUUCAAUAUUGGUUGAGUUAUAGUCAUCAAAAUAUUGUGACUGUAAAUUAUGGAAAUGUAAAGGUUGGUAUCCAACUGGAGGACAAGAAAGCAGGGUUUGAGAUCAAUAAUUUAAUUAUUUUGGCAAUAAAAAUUAUAUUUACAAUUUUUUUUUUUUUUUUUUUUAGAAAACAAGCCCCUUUUUUCCUGCAUUUCUACAUGAGAUCAUUCUGUAUUAAAAAAUGUGUGAAAUGCUGUAAAAUUGGAAAGGCCCUAUGUCUGUAUGAAUAUAUGUGGACCAUAACCCUUUAAAACCCGAGCAAAUUGGCCUGAUUCCUUUCAAGAACACAUAACAACGGCAAUGAGCAACAUUGCUCAUUUCCUAGUUUUAUGAUAAUUGUCAAAAUUUUCCUUCCUCUUUCUUUUCUUUGUCAUGUUUUCAGCUCUUGUGACAUUUGCUAUUUUCUUGAAAUUUCUUGCUGAGGGGCUCAUUGCCUUUUAACGACAUUUUUGAAAGAAACCAAACCAAUACACUUGGGUUUCAAAGAUUUAUAUGCUUAUGAAAGGUGUCUGGAUGCUGCGCAAGGAAACUGAUGUCUCUCCAGGUUUCAAAGGGUUAAAUCCGGAAUAACCACUUGUACUUUGUUAUUUUAUUUUUGUUUAUAUCUGUUUUGCAGUUAGCUUUAAUACUGUAAUCUAUAUUCAUCUGUCAGGAUGUGGCUUUUUUUUAUUGUUGUAAAUGCAUUUCUUAUUGCCUUUUUAAAAAUUUGAAUGCCACUAAUGAAAAAAGAAAACACGCUUCCUGUGCCUUUUUAUUGUUGCCAGGCAACCACGCCAUCAUCCCCUUACACUAACCUUCCAGUGUAAUCAAUCUACCCUUUAUUUAGGCUAGUUGUUAAAAAUGUUGAGGCAGAGGGUACUGUCUGUAGCUCUGGUUGAGGGUGAGAGGCUGUCAGCAGAUAAACAGAGAUCUGUGUGGGUACA